AUGAAACUCACUCGCCAGGAAAUCAACCGACACAACAACCAGGAAACAUGUUGGGUCGUAAUCCAUGGUGCUGUCUACGAUGUGACAGACUUCUUGGACUCCCACCCAGGGGGUGCAGCAGUGAUUUUGCGAUGUGCGGGUAAAGACGCGACUGAAGAUUUCGACUCUGUUCAUUCACUGGAGCUGUUGAGCGAAGCACUCCCUGAAACCGCACUGCAAGGCUACGUUGAUCCUGCUGAAUUGGGCGAGCCAAAAUACAAGCCAUAUGCGAUGGAUGAGAAGCAAUCGAAGCUAGACGAUAACAGUCCUCCACCAUUGCAAAGUCUGAUCAAUCUACAUGAUUUCGAAAGAAUUGCUCAUCAGAGGCUGUCUGCCACGACAUGGGCCUAUUACUCGUCCGGUGCCGAUGACGAGAUCAGCAAACUGAAUAAUGCCCUGGCAUAUCAAAAGAUUUCCCUUCGUCCGCGUAUCCUACGAAAGAUUACAGCUGUAAACACAGCCACUGUGAUCUUGGGGUACUCUACCACCUUACCCGUGUAUAUCUCUCCAGUUGGUCUUGCAAAACUUUCCCAUCCAGAGGGCGAGUGCGCGCUCGCUGCUGCGGCUGGCAAAGAAGGACUGGUCCAAAUUCUCGCAAAUGGAUCCAGCAUGCCAAUUGAACAAGUGAUGAAGAGUCGUACAUCACCAAAGCAGCCUAUUUUCCAACAGCUAUACGUUAAUAAAGACAUUCAAAAGUCUGUUGAGACUGUACGGCGAGCUGAACGAGCUGGCGCUAGUGCUAUUUGGAUUACCGUUGACUCCCCGGUGGUGGGAAAACGCGAGAUGGACGAACGGCUCAACUUGACGGUGACGGCUACUGAUAAUGGAGCGGAAGAAAAGGGUGUAGCCAAAAUCAUGGCUAGCUCAAUAUCUCCAUUCAUCGACUGGGAGAUUCUCACAUGGCUCCGCCAAUUGACAGAUCUCCCUAUUGUCAUCAAGGGAAUUCAAUGUGUGGAAGACGCCGUGCUUGCAUAUCAGCAUGGUGUGCAAGGCAUUGUACUCACAAACCACGGAGGACGCUCACAAGACACGGCACAGGCGCCUCUUUUAACACUACUGGAGAUCCGAAAGUUCGCGCCUCAUCUGAUUGAGAGUAAAAUGCAGAUCUUUAUUGAUGGUGGCAUUCGCCGAGGAACAGAUGUGCUUAAGGCCAUUGCGCUAGGAGCUACUGCUGUCGGAUUGGGCAGACCCUUUUUAUUCAGCUUGUCCGGAUACGGCAAGGAUGGGGUGCGUCGGAUGAUCGAGAUUUUACGACAGGAGAUCGAAACAAACAUGGUCUUUCUGGGAGUGACCAGUCUCGAAGAGUUGAGGCCCGAAAUGGUGAAUACUAGUCGUCUGGAGAAACAUGUGAUAGGCAGCGUAAAGCUAUAA